CGUACAUAAAACUUUCUAAGUGUACCAAGUACAGGUGGUGCCGACAAAACCUUCAAUAUGGACGUUCAUCUCUAUGUAUACGACCUCUCACAAGGUCUAGCGCGAACGAUGUCGCAGCAGUUUCUCGGGAUUCAGAUAGAUGCGGUAUACCAUACAUCGCUCGUCUGUGGUGGUAUAGAAUAUUUCUACGGCAGAGGAGUGCAGACUUGCAGAGCGGGGAGUACGCAUCAUGGACAGCCGAUGGAGGUGAUACCGAUGGGGCGGACGGACCUGCCCAUGGAAGUGAUAUUGGAGUAUCUGGAUUCUUUGAAGGAGGUGUACUCUGCUGAGAGUUACGAUUUAUUUCUUCACAACUGCAACAACUUCACAAAUGACUUCGCCAUGUUUCUCGUUGGCAAAGGCAUCCCCUCCCACAUCACUUCCCUCCCCCAGAGAGUCCUCAACACUCCCUUCGGCCAAAUGCUGCGCCCGCAACUAGACGCCAUGAUGCGCCCCGUCACACAGGCACCAGUACCCGCUCACGCAGCCGCCCGUCCCGUUCCAGCGCGCACCCCCAUCUCCGCCAGCACUCCGUCCGAGGCAAAACCCUCACCACCCCAACCCACUGAAGAAGGCAAAGUCCACAACAUCACACUUCUCUCCGAACUGAACCGCCUCCUCGACUCUGCCCGCUCCCGCUGCGCAAUCAUCUUCUUCACAAGCGCAACCUGCCCGCCCUGCAAACUCGUCUACCAGCCCUAUGACGAUUUGGCCGCAGAAGCCGGUUCCAAAUGCGUCUUCAUCAAGGUAGACUUCACAUCUGCGGAUCGUGCUAUCGGCGCUAGGUUUCCUUCCGUCCGCGCAACUCCAACAUUCAUUACCUUCCUUCGCGGCGACAAGCGAGAUGAGUGGAGUGGCGCGGAUCCGAGAAAAUUGAAGGCGAAUGUCGCAUUAUUGAUCAACGAGGCAUUUCCCUCUCAUCCGCAUCUCUCAAAAAGUGUGCCUAUAUUACUGCAGCAGAGCCAGAAACCGAUACUCUACACCAAGACUCCACCGCUGGACAAACUUGUUGCGAAAAUGGGUGAUGCAGGACGCGAUCCAUCCGUUGAUGAUAUUGUUCGGUUUCUACGCACAAGAGAAAGGGAAGGAGAGAGAGAAGCCACGCUUCCACAGCUACCGGGCUUUGCUGCAUGGUUGAGAAAGAGCAUAGAGACCCUACCCUUGGAACUCCUUUUCCCAGCGCUAGAUCUUCUCCGCGCGACACUAGCGGAUGCCCGCGUCGCAGGUUUCUUCGCCGAGGAGCAUACCGGAGCUUCAGACGCGCCUGCCACGAUCGCACUUGUUCUACAACACGUCGAGACAUUGGGCGCCGAGGCGCCGUAUGCACUGCGUCUAACAGCCUUGCACGUGGCGUGUAACCUCUUCUCCUCUCCGCUAUUCACACCGCACUUGCUUGCGCCGCCCCUGGCACAGACGCUGGUCAGCUUGGUCACAACGUCGUUGCUUGGCGAGAAACCGGCACUGCGGGCCUCGGCACUCAGUCUGGCCCUGAAUGUCAUAGUUGGGAAUUUCAAGGCCAGGAUGAAGGUGCAUGAGAGACCGGGAGCGGCGGCGGCGGAGCAACAACAGCAACAGCAACAGCAACAGCAACAUCAAUCUCAUCUGCAUCCCACGGAACUUGCAGAGGAGCAGCAAGUCGAGCUUCUGGCUUCUCUUCUGGAAGUUUUAUCACCGGGGGAAGGAUCUGCUGCGGCGAAUGGAGAUGGAAAUGUGGCUGUGGGCAACGAGACGAGUCAGUCGACGAAGAUGGCGCUGGUGUGUGUGGGGUGGUUGAUGUAUUGUGCGCCUUUGGAAGGGGAAUUGAUGGAUUUGUGUAAGGUUAUGGAUGCGAGGGGGACGAUUGGGGGAGUGAAGGUUAAGGGCGCGGAGGAGAGGUUGCUGGUUAGGGAGGUGGAGGGAUUGUGUUGAGGGAGGAUUGAGGAUUUGGCGUAUAGAUGGAUUGUGAGGCAUAACUGGGGUUCACGGUGUGGUUGAUUGGAUAGAUGUGCGUAGAGACAACCAUAUGGAUAGCAAAUAAUCUGCUGCCCUAGGCUGAGACGUCUUUUACUGCUAGAUCCCUUAGUCCUUCCUCGAAACGG